GUUUGUUCGUUUGCGGCGUUGUGAGCGUUAUUCCUUGGACAUGAUUUUUAUAUUAAUUGAGUUAGAGUUUUACAGAUGUAUGGUCCAUAAGGACACCUCAUAUCAUCAAUAACGAAGAAUGAGUCUCUGGGUGGACAAACACAGGCCAACGAGCCUGGCCAAGCUAGACUAUCACAUAGAGCAGGCCGCUCAGCUGUCAAAGCUGGUGAAGAGUGGGGACUUUCCGCACCUUCUGGUGUACGGGCCGUCUGGCGCCGGCAAGAAAACGCGCGUCAUGUGCCUGCUGCGAGAGCUGUACGGCGCCGGCGUCGACAAGCUGCGCAUUGAACACCAGCACUUUGAGACGCCGUCGAAGCGCAAGAUCGAAAUAGUAACCGUGGCGAGCAACUACCACAUCGAGGUGAAUCCGAGUGACGCGGGCAACAACGACCGCGUUGUUAUCCAGGAGCUGCUCAAGACUGUCGCCCAGACGCACCAGCUCAACUCUGACAGCCAGCGCGACUUCAAGGUGGUGAUCGUCACGGAGGCCGACCGUCUGACGAAGGACGCGCAGCACGGUCUGCGCCGCACCAUGGAGAAGUACAUGGGCACGUGCCGGAUCGUGCUGGUCGCCAACUCGAGCAGCCAGGUGAUCCCGGCCAUCCGCAGCCGGUGCCUGGCCGUGCGCGUGCCCGCCCCAUCGACGGCCGAGGUCACGGCUGUGCUCCGCGGCGUCUGCAAGAAGGAGGGUCUGGCGCUGCCCGCCGAGCUGGCGGACAAGAUCGCCGACAAGAGCGGCCGCAACAUGCGGCGCGCGCUGCUCAUGUGCGAGACGUGCCGCGUGCAGCAGGUGCCGCUGUCGGCCUCGCAGUCCGUCUCCCUGCCCGACUGGGAGCUGUUCCUGCAGGAGACGGCCAGCAUGAUCGUGCAGGAGCAGUCGCCCAAGCGGCUGCUGGAGGUGCGCUCCCGGCUAUACGAGCUGAUGGUGCACUGUAUUCCGGCUGACGUCGUCUUCAAGGGCCUGCUGCGGGAGCUGAUCCGCAACUGUGACAGCCAGCUCAAGGCGGACCUGACGGCCGAGGCGGCUGCCUACGAGCACCGUCUAAACCUGGGCUCGAAGCACAUCUACCACCUGGAGGCCUUCGUCGCCAAGUUCAUGGCCCGCUACAAGCGCUUUGUCGACGACAGCCUCAUGGACAUGAUGUAGUUUGUGUGUGGUGCCAACUAUGCACCUUCGGAACAGGCCACCCCGGGCAUCGCCACCUGAAAGUGAUGAAUAUACUGUGUUUGCUAAAUUUGUCUUGUAGCCCAGUGCCUUGCAUGAGUAGCACUGGGGUAGAGUUGGCUGGUGCGAUGUCGUUGGAUGUGCUUUUGAGGUCACGUAUUUUUUUGGCGUUCAACAAGCUCAGGACGACAUGCAUGCUCCUAAAACGGCCGGGGACCUCAACGUAGCCAUGCCUCGAGAUACUGGAAGCCAGUAGACGGUGGUGGUGCCAACUACUUCUGCAAGGCGGGAUACAAAGUUGCAAAAUUCAAUGUCGCAAAUUGCCGCAGCGGCCUUCCUGCCAGCGGGGAGAGAAAAAAAAAUGUUUGAUGGUCGACCGAAUGUACGUUCAACUCGCUAGCGUAUCCGCAGAUUAAAAGAAAACAGCAUUGCAACAGCCAACAGCAAGACCCGCCUUUCGUACUUUUUUCAAUGACAAUAGAGCAUUGUUAUGCAUUG